AUGUCAGAUAAUAACACAGUAAACGCAACAGGGAUAGAAGCAGAGCAAGAACAAACUCAGGUGCAGGGUUCAACACCGAAACCAGAAGUUAACACAGAAAUCACUGAUACUAAAACAACAGAAGAAGCAACCGAUGAAAAAGAAGGAGGCAAAGAGGAGUCUUUAACCAUAAAGGAAAGUGCAAACGAAAAUGAAAAUGAAAAUGAAAACGCAAACGCAAACGCAAACGCAAACGAAAAUGGACAAGGGCAAAAUGACAUCAAGCCAGAAGCGGUCAUCAGCACUGAACAAUUGAAAGAAGAGUUUCAACAAAGAGCAAAAACAUACUUAGCCGAACAAAGCAACCAUGUCAUUAUCCCAUCAUUUUCCCAGUGGUUUGAUAUCAACACUAUUCAUCCGCUCGAAAAGAAAUCAUUCCCAGAUUUCUUCACUGAAGAAACUGUUUACAAGAAUCCACAGAGUUAUAAAUACAUUCGAGAUUUCCUCGUCAAUACAUUUAGGCUAAACCCCAAGGAGUACUUGACUAUAACCUCUGUUCGCAGAAACUUGGCUGGUGAUGUAACAAAUAUUAUCCGAGUCCAUCAAUUCUUGGAAAAGUGGGGCUUAAUCAAUUACCAAAUAGACCCAAAAACCAAGGCUAGUCUUGUUGGGCCACAAUACACUGGACAUUUCCAAAUCACAUUAGAUGCUCCAGAUGGAUUGAAGCCGUAUAUUCCGGAAGAUGCCAAGGUCAUCAAUUCUGAAAAGGUUAAAUCGGAAGUCCAACCUACUCCUGCUAUUGAAAAUGGCUCACAGCAACAAAGCAACGAAGCAAAAAGAGAACAAGACAGUCCAUUAGCAGGUUCAUCACAAUCUGAAGCAAGUACAGCACCGGUUCAGUUUAAUUUGGAAGUUAGAAGAAAUGUGUAUGCAACAGGAGAAAAGAAGCUAGAUUUCAAAUCAAACAACAUGGUACAAUAUGCAUGCAGUAUAUGUGGUAAAGACGCUACCGAGGUCAGAUAUCAUAAUUUGAAAAUCAAAUCAUACACCUAUAAUCCAAGCUCCACCAUCAAUAAUGCCAGCAUACUUUGUUCUAUAUGUUAUGAACAAGGUUUAUUCCCACUGAACUUUACAUCAAGUGAUUUUGUAGAGUUUAAGAAAUUACAAUCGUCCGAGGAAUGGACCGAGCAAGAGGUAUUGCUAUUACUCGAAGGUAUCGAAAUGUUUGGCACUAAUGAACCAAUAUCAGCCGCUGGAGCCAGUAUCAAUGUCGAUGUGAAUAAUCAGUGGAGUAAAAUCAGCGAACAUGUAGGGACAAAAUCAAGAGAACAGUGUUUAAAGAAAUUUUUACAGUUGCCAAUUGAAGACAAGUAUUUGACCAAGUUGAUCAAACAAGAACCAAGCGAUGUUUUGAAUGACUACGACGUGGCGCAAACUGAAGAUAACAGCAGCAACAACAACAACAAUAAUAAUAAUUAUAAUAGUACUAGCAGCGGCAGCAGCAGCAAGUCAAAUCUUGUUGGCAAUGUCGUUAAAAAGUUGUUGGAAACAAAUGAAGGAAAAUCUCUUAUUGAGCAAAAUGCAGAAGAAAACAAAAAAGAUUCACUUCUUGAGCAAACUGGACUCAUCAACCAAAUUAUCGAACUAACUGUCGAAAAGGUAAACUUAAAACUUGCUAGAGUAGACCAGUUGCAAGCCGAUCUUUUAGCUGUACAAAAUCAACUUAACAAGGAAAGGAAAGAAAACUUAUUAAACAGAUGGGCACAGUAUGAGAAAAUACGUAAGCUUAAACAAGCUCGCCCCGAUUUGGCUGAUGUAUUGUCUGAUUUAUUGCAACCAGUGAAGAUCAGUGAAUCUGGAGAUCAAAACGUGUAUUCUAAUAAUGGGAAGUCAUUGGAUGAUAUGGAAAUAGAUACUGCAACACCCUCAUCUUCGACUGCUGCAGCAGCAGCAUCAUCAUCAGAAACCGUACCUGGAGGAACAACGACUACGUCUGAUAACACUACACAGAAUGGAAUUAACAACCUACCUCUAAGCUUUACAAAACCAAAAGAGUACCAAUUCUGGUCAGGUUAG